AUGGGUCUUGGUGUACUUGAAGAUAACAAGCUGGAUCAUGUUCCAGGGACAGUCUUAUUGAACGACGAAGCCGCUCAUUCGGAGGCCAUCACUCAAGGCCUUAAACAUGGAAAGGGCCGUGACGCUCAUAUUGUGCUAUCGCCACAACCCAGUGAAGACCCCAAUGAUCCGUUGAAUUGGCCGAUAUGGAAGAAAGAACUGAUUAUCGCCAUUCUCUGCUUUGGAGCUAUGCUCAAUGCUGGCACAAACGGCCCAUUCUUGAAUGCUUCGUACUUCUCAAUGGCUCAACAGAUCAACAAAGAUUUAACGACCGUGGUAAUGGUUUCUGGCUACAAUCUGUUGGCUGCAGGGUGUUCAGGCCCCUUUGUGUGCGCGUUUAGCCGCAAAUACGGCAAAAGACCGGUCUUUCUCGUGUCCACACUAUUUGAUAUUAUCGGGACCGCAGUCGGUGAAGCCAAAAUUGACUACAAGUAUCUCUUGGCCGCACGAAUUAUUCAAGGAUUUUCUACCUCGGCCUUCGAAUCCCUCAUUGUGGCAACGGUGGGCGACAUAUACUUUGUGCAUCAGCGAGGACUCCGAAUUUCCAUCAUCAACUUUAUCCUGAAUUCUGCCUCGAGUCUUGCGUCGAUUAUCUGUGGACAGGUUUUCCAAAGCCUCGGCUGGCUCUGGUUGUUCCACUUGUUUCAAAUCUUCCUGGUGGCGCAAUUUGUCCUGAUGUUCCUGUUCUGUCCCGAAACAUCAUACAUCCGCGACAGCCGUUACGAGACGGAUAUAGUGCGAGAUGAGAAGUUGCAAGAAUUGGCCACCAUUGAACAUUCUCAUAAAGAGCACGUUGGAGAAGAAGGGCAGGGAGAACAAACGGUUAUCCCCGAGAAGAAGACCUUUGUACAGGAACUUGCUGUCUGGACGGGCGUCUAUUCGCACGAUAGCAUUUUCAAAUACCUCUUCGGACCAUUCCUAACCCUUCUCAACCCUGCAGGAUGCUAUGCGGUCAUCGCUUCCGGUCUUUUAAAUAGCUGGUACGUCGGAUCGGCCAUCAUCUUAGCCGGCAUAUUUUCUGGCUCUCCGUGGCAUUUCGACCCCGCACAUAUUGGAUACGUCGGUGCUGGGCCCUUCAUCGGCGGUCUCAUUGGCUCUCUUAUCACCGGAUUCACUGGCGACUAUGUCAUCAAAUACCUGACUCGGAAGAAUGAGGGCGUUUAUGAACCGGAAUUCCGCCUCGUUUUCAUGCUCCCCGCCUGUAUCGCCUGCGGCCUCGGAAUGUUCCUCUUCGGAUAUACACUCGCCAUCGGAUCUCCAGCGGAACUGUGUGCAUUCCUUCAAGGCCUGAUGAUGGUCGGAGUGUUAAUCGGCAUCUUUUCGACCCUUUCAUACGGUCUGGACUCCUUCCGAAGCCAGAGUAAUGAAAUUUUCGUCAUGAACAUGCUCUUCAAGAAUUUCAUGUUCUAUGGUCUCUCAAAUUUCGCCAACGACUGGGUCGCAGCCAAUGGGCCCGAACAGAUCAUGUAUGUCUUUGGGGGAACCUCGAUCUUCUUGUCUCUCCUCGCCAUUCCGGUCUACAUCUACGGAAAACGCCUUAGGAGCUGGUGGACCAGACACGACCUUUUUGUGCUCUUGAAGAUGGAAACCCAUGGACCAGUCAGUGAGAUGGGUUAG